GCCCAUGCUGAAAGACUGCUGAGACUCUUUGCUCUGUAGUGAUGAGACCAAGAUAAAUGUUUUUGGAACUGAUGGCUUCAAAACUGUAUGGCGUCGCAAAGGUGAGGGGUACAAAGAAAUAUGUAUGGUGCCUUCAGAGAAACGUGGUGGUGGCAGUGUCCUUCUGUGGGGCUGCAUGAGUGUUGCUGGUGUUUGGGAGAUGCAUUUCAUUGAUGGUAUCAUGAAUUCACAGAUCUACUGCUCUAUAUUGAAAGAGAAGUUUUCCAACAUGACAAUGAUCCAAAACACACAUCUGUCACUGUUGCUU